AUGCUCAAGCCGCCCGCCGCUGUCUUUGUCGUCAGACACGGUGCGCGCUUGGAUGCCGUUGACAAGCAAUGGCAUCUCACAUCUCCCACACCUUACGACCCCCCUCUCACAUAUGGCGGCUGGAAUCAGUCACGCAACCUUGGUGUCCGAAUUGCGGGUUUAUUAAGAGACUAUGAACAAAACCGAUUUCUCGCAAACUCUUCGUCAACCUCAGCCAGUUCAGCCACACCUUCCCAAACACCGUCUGGGGCUGAUGCUACUGUGCCCACCGCCAAUCUAAGCUCUCAAAAUCUUAGGAUCAUCAUCCACUCUUCACCAUUUCUCCGCUGCGUCCAAACAGCGAUAGCCAUAAGUACUGGAAUUAGUCAAAUCCAGUCAUCAUCCAACUAUUUACCACCGCUCCCUGGCGCUCUUGGGAAGCCAGCGCCUUUCAACCUUCAGAGUUCGACGGGAAAUUCCGAACCCAAUCACCAUUUUGAAGACUUGAAGAGUAUGCGGGAUUCCGAAUCUUCAACGUUAUCUUCGCCUUCGAAAAAUAAAAGAGGCUGUAUGUUACGAUUAGAUGCAUUUCUCGGCGAGUGGCUCACCCCAGACUACUUCGAACAGAUUCCCCCGCCACCCGAUUCAGUUAUGAUGAUAGCAAGCGCAAAGGCAGACCUCCUACGCUCCCCUGAAGCAAUUGGCCUCAUCUCCCCGGUUGAUUUUACUUCUGCAAAGGGAUUUUUUCCUGGCGGCUGGAAUGGGUGUGCUCCAAAUCCGUUCGUAACGAGCGACUCUCCUACGAGCAUGGUGUAUAAUAUCUCAACAAGAGGCCGAUCUGGCACAUUGGAAGAAGUCUCAACCGGUGUAAACCCCUCGAAACGCCCGAUACUUUCCAAACUUUCAACCACUAUACCACCAUCCAAAAACGGGUACAUUCCACCAACUCCUGCCUAUGCCAUCAAGCCAUCAGAUCCAAUUCCACACGGAUACGUUGCGCAUGCCCGCGAUUCUUGUAUUGAUAUCGACUACCAGUGGGAUAGUAUGCGAGAGCCUCAUCAUUGGGGUAAUGGCGGAGAAUACGGAGAGGAAUGGAGCUCCAUGCACCAGCGAUUUCGCAAGGGUUUAGAGCACAUGAUUUCUUUUUACACCUCGGAACAUAUGCGAGGCUGCGGGAAUCAGCAAUUUCCACAGUGUGACAAUGACGAUGAACACCACAGGGAAACUAUUCUCAUUUUAGUCUCGCACGGCGCCGGUUGCAAUGCUAUGAUUGGUGCCCUCACAGAUCGACCGGCUCUGCUCGAUAUUGGUAUAUCUUCCCUAACCAUGGCAACUCGGAGGUCUACGCACUCUGAUGCCCUUGUAUCGACGACCAGCCAAAAUUCCCUCGUACCUCAACAUGGUCUUGCUGAAGUGUAUGACGUUAAUGUUGUGGCGUCGACUGAUCACCUAAGGCCUACAAGUAGCAAUGCAAUGCCAAAUCCAUCGAACCGGGCAUAUUCCGCUACAGAUAUUUCGUAUCGACAACGAUUUAAUUCCAUGUCAAAUUCUGCUGACCCCCGUGGGAACUUUCUAAUAAACAACGAUUCCCCUAGCCGAUUAUUCAGCGGUCCCAAAAUACAUCACUCACCUUCCCGUUCACUAAUUUCUAAUCGAUCUUCGUCUGGUCUUUGGGAGUCUAAACAAGCCUUUGAUUCAAUGGAAAAUAUUAUUCCUAAUUUUGGUGAUAAUAUAGAUUCUGAUCCAGCGAUUGAUAGUCUUGAGAAGGUUGGUUCUACUACCUCUCCCUUAUCAGCAACCCAUAUCCAUAACGGGCUGUGGAAAAGCGGACCUGUCUUAAGUCGGGAGCCACUAACUAAAAGGCGGUGGACUGUAACUGACCGUUGA